AUGAGCACCAUCACAGGCACGCUGACGCGUCCUUUCACGAAGAAUCCACCGCCACUGGUGCCACCCAGCCCCGAAAGGCGACAGGAGAAGACGCCAGACCCUUCCGUUCGUGGCUCUCGCCUUCUCCUCGUGGCCGGUGCAGAACCGGGAGACCGCGACGCAUGGUGGCACAAACAGGCUGAGAUCCGUGAGUUGCAGGCGGCCAACAAGUCACUGCUUCGACGGGUGUACGACCCGAGCCCAAAUGCAGUUCCCCGACUGCCCAAGAAAGCAGAGGAGGCUUCAGCCCAGCCGCAGGCCUCCAAAGACGCUGCAGAGCAAGCUCCAGCUGCGAUCGAGGCUGAAGGCCAGCAGCCAAUGGCAUCAAUUGAGCCCGCUGCACCAAUUGCACCGGAUGAGGUCGCGGACUCCCCAUCAACACGUAAUGGGGCAGAGUCUGUGGCCUCCACUCAGAUUGUCCGGACGCGAACAGAAAGCGAGGCCACGUUUGCUGCCAGCACGAUAGCGAAGCUGGAGGGCCAGCUGCAUGCGCAGGAGGAAGCCCUCAUGGCCGAGCGCGCCCGAUACAGGGAGGACAUGCAGUGGCAUCAGGCGGAAGCUGCUGAGGAACGAAAGCGCCUGAGGCGAGAUGCCGCCAAAAAAGUGGCAGAGCUCCAGUCGCGGUCGACCGAGCUCGUCGAGGAGGUGCAGGAGGCCACGGCAAAAGCCAAGGAAGCAGAGAGAACCAUGCACAGCAGGAUAAGUUCCAUGCGAUCAGCCUCCCAGCGGCUGCGGAAUCAGCUUCAGGCCGAAAGGGGCACUACCAGCACUGAGACGUUGGAGGAGAGAGACACGCAGCAUCGCGACCAGCUUCAGCGUUUGGAAGAGCUACGCUUUGAAGUGGAGUGUCGGGAGGCGGCCUCCUCCGAGCUGGAGCUGGCACUCGCUUUCGAGCGCUCGGCGGCCAAAGAGGAGCGAGAGGCGCUGCUGAAGGAGCUAGCCGACCUAAGCACCGAAGCCUCGCAGGCCCGCAGCCGCAAUGCUGAGAUUGUCAAGAAGGAUGAGGAGCUGGAGACUCAGCUAGCAAACCUCUCCGGUCAGCUCAAGACGUCCGAAGCUGCAGCAGCUGUGGCCAUGGAGCAGAUGAAGGAAGAGGGUCGGGCAGCGUGCCUGCUGCAGAGUCAGUGCCAAGAGGCCGAGUCCAAAGCCCAGACUGCCUCGGAGCAGUACCAGGCACUCAUCCAGGCGCUGAAGAAGGAGCAGGAGGCUGCUGACUGUCAGCUUCAGAACCUUCUGCAGGAGGCAGCUCGGAAGCAGAACGAGCUGCACGAACUGGGCGGUGAAGGUGCCAUCCUCAAUAUGCCUGAGGCGUGCGAGCCAAUGUUGAUGGGACUUGCUUGCGGCAUCUCGCGGGCACGCUGUGGCCUAGACGAUCCCUGGUGCGUUGUGUUAAGCUCAGUGCAUAGCUUUAUACAGGGGCACCCACUGGGCACGCUGCAGGCUUGGCCUCUGCGCUUCUGUCCUGGGCUGACGGAAAUGGAGCCCACGGAGUCAAUGGAGCCCUGGCUCGAAACGAGUGAGGGGGCGAGGACUGGGAUGACCUUGGUUUCAUCCAUUGAUGGCAUUGUCACGCAAAACUUCGGAAUUUCCAAGGCCUCAGCACGCGCGCAGUGGCUCGUGGAGAACCAGGGGCUGGACAAGGAGGCUGCACAACAGCGCAUCAUGAAGGAGUUUCCCAGUGUAUUUGGUGCUCCCCGCGGAUGGAACCCCGACGAGGAUUGCGCUGGUACACGUGCCGAGGAUCGAGCCUUGUGGCUUAUGCAGAACCAGGGAAUGAAUCGAGAGGAUGCGCAAAGAAAGGUCAUGGACGAGUUCCCACAGCUUUUCCUCAGGGCGUCUGGGGUGGCAGGGGAAGACGUCCCUGUUCUGCAGUCGUCCUCGCAGCCCUCGCAGCCCUCGCAGCCUUCGAAGCCUUCGAAGCCUUCUGGAUCCGGGUAUCUCCCUAGCCGAGAGGUGCAAGGCAGUCCGGAGGCCAAUCCACCGAGGUGGCCGAGCUCUGUUUUGGUGCUCAGCAAGGGAUCUGGCUAUGACGUGGUAGACCAAAUCUACGAAGAAAUGUCCUCGCUGGACAGAGGUCAAUUCUCCACCAGCAGGUAUGCGCUUCUUUUUGAGGCAUCGCCAAAAAUGCAUGACGUGGAUGUCCGAGUUGGAUUUUACACGUCAGUUUAUGGCUUGGGGAGGCACCCAUCUGACACCAACAUCCGGUCUGUAACAUCUACAAACGAGACGCCUCAUCCCGAGCUUGGGUCAUUGCAGAACUUCUGGCGGAGCGCAGAGAACUUCCAGACGAACUGCCAUCCGACCUACACUUGCGGCGGCAAAGGAGGCAUGCUGUGGGCGGUCUCGCAGGCUGCACCUUUACGACGUGUGGUGGUGGAUGACAAUCUUUGGCUUUCGUACUUUCGCAUGCCCCCGGAUGGUGUGAAAGCAAGCGAUCCUCGCUAUCCGAAGCAAGGAGCGUGCCUGGAGUAUGAUGGUUGGGUGAAGCUUGGGUACCGGGAUCCCGUCAUGGACUUUGCUAGCGGUGGCUUCAUGGCCAAUGUCGAGGUGAGGGGCACUGCAAGCUUCGGUGCCCAACAGCAAUUCUUUGCUCGCAACUGCACUGCAAAGAGCUGGGAGCCAGGGGCUUGGAACUUUGUUUUCGUUGGAUGCCCUGAUGCUCCCAAUAGUGGACAUUUGGAGGCUGCGGACAAGGGCCCUAUCUCCACCAACGUCAGUGCCUCGCAGGUGAUUGCAGAAAAGCCCUUCAUCGUCAAAGAGAGUGAUGGUCGCUACAAAUUGGUGGUCCCCUCAGCCUCGACGGGCCGCAUCGGAACGGACUUUGAGCUUGCGGAGGAAGAGAUCAGGGACUUCAGCACGGUCUUUGUAGCCCAACCGUCGAGUGGGGCCGCCGAAAUCAACAGGAAGCUCGCUGAAGGGAAAGAUGUUGUCUUCGCUCCGGGAAUCUACAAUCUCGAGGAGACACUACGUGUCCAGAAAAGUGGUCAGGUUUUGCUGGCCUUGGGCUUUGCAACGCUCGUGGCUCCGACGGACUCACCUUGCAUCCUAGUUGAUGAUGAAGCCGUUGGUGUACGGAUCUCGGGAAUGAUGAUGGAGGCGGCUUACCGUCCACUGAAGGGAGCAUCGCCUACCGAGCUCACAUCACCAGGGCCCAAGGCGCUGCUUCAGUGGGGUUGCGGCAAGGCAGCACGCAGUGAUCCAGCGGUGCCUGGUACUUGGGGCUUUCUUCAUGACUGUUUCGCUCGUGUCGGUGGCCAAGAGGCCCCCUUCACUGCGCGAGAUGAAGUCGAUCCGUCCAGGACACCGAAGACUCGACCACACAGCGAAAAGCCUCUCUUCGACUCCGAAGCUCGCUGCAGCGCCAUGGUGCAGAUUCAAGCUCCAUGCGUGGUGGGCGACAACUUGUGGCUCUGGCGUGCAGAUCACUGGCUAAGCGAUCAGUAUUUGGUCUACAACCAUGAGAACCGAUGCGAGACUGGAUUGCACGUCGGGCCUUCUGCCAGAUACGUUACCAUGUAUGGUCUCUUUGUAGAGCACACGCUGGGUGACAUGACGUACUGGGAAGGAGAGGAUGGCACAACCUUCUUCUAUCAGUCAGAGCUCCCAUAUGAUGCUAUGCAUGCCUGA